CCAGCCCCAGGUCCCAGCGCCCGGCCUGCUCGCGGCCCCGUGGAAGCAGCCGGGCUCGACGGCGCGGCCGCACGGCCGCCAUGGCCGCACACGGGAAGUUACGCCGGGAACGGGGGCUGCAGGCCGAGUAUGAGACUCAAGUAAAAGAGAUGCGCUGGCAGCUGAGCGAGCAACUGCGCUGCCUGGAGUUGCAGGGUGAGCUGCGGCGGGAGCUGCUGCAGGAGCUGGCUGAGUUCAUGCGGCGCCGCGCUGAUGUGGAGCUGGAGUACUCCCGUGGCCUGGACAAGCUGGCCGAGCGCUUCUCCAGCCGAGGAGGCCGCCUGGGGGGCAGCAGCCGGGAGCACCAAAGCUUCCGGAAGGAGCCGUCCCUCCUGUCGUCCUUGCACUGCUGGGCCGUGUUGCUGCAGCAGACACGGCAGCAGAGCCGGGAGAGCGCAGCCCUCAGUGAGGUCCUGGCCGGGCCACUGGCUCAGCGCCUGAGCCACAUUGCAGAGGAUGUAGGGCGCAUUGUCAAGAAGAGUAAGGAUCUGGAGCAACAGCUGCAGGAGGAGCUCCUGGAGGUGGUGUCAGAGCUUCAGACGGUCAAGAAGACAUACCAGGUGUACCACACGGAGAGCAUGAGUGCUGAGGCCAAGCUCCGGGAAGCCGAGCGGCAGGAAGAAAAGCGGACAGGCCGGAGUGCCGCUGCCGCCGCCACCGCCACUGCUGCCGCCACCGCCACUGCCACCAGCACCACUGAGGCAGGGCCCCUCCGCAAGACCUCCCUCAAGAAGGGAUCGCGACUGGUGCAAAAGCGGCAGGCCAAGUUCUUGGAGCACAAACUGAAGUGCACGAAAGCGCGCAACGAGUACCUGCUCAGCCUGGCCAGUGUCAACGCUGCGGUCAGCAACUACUACUUGCAUGAUGUCUUGGACCUCAUGGACUGCUGUGACACGGGCUUCCACUUGGCCCUGGGGCAGGUGCUCCGCAGCUACACAGCUGCCGAGAGCCGCACCCAAGCCUCCCAAAUGCAGGGCCUGGGCAGCCUGGAAGAGGCAGUGGAGGCCCUAGACCCUCCAGGCGACAAGGCCAAGGUGCUGGAGGUGCAUGCAGUUGCCUUCUGUCCCCCACUUCGUUUUGACUACCAGCCCCACGAGGGGGAUGAGGUGUCUGACAUCCGGGUUGAGGUGGAACUGCGGGACGAGAUUCUGCCCAGAGCCCAGAACAUCCAGAGCCGCCUGGACCGACAGACCAUUGAGACAGAGGAAGUGAAUAAGACGCUGAAGGCCACACUGCAGGCCUUGCUGGAGGUGGUGGCAUUGGAAGAUGGGGACAUGCUCGAUUCCUUCCAAGCCUGUCCCUCUACCGAAUCCCUCAAGUCCACCAGCUCAGACCCGGGUGCUCGGCAAGCUGGCCGGAGGCGGGGCCAGCAGCAGGAGACCGAGACCUUCUAUAUCAUGAAGCUCCAGGAGUACCUGAGUGGACGGAGCGUCCUUGCCAAGCUACAGGCCAAGCACGAGAAACUGCAGGAGGCCAUUCAGCGAGGUGACAAAGAGGAGCGGGAGGUAUCUUGGAUGCAGUACACACAGAGAAAAUUCCAGAAGAGCCGCCACCCCCGCCCCACCUCCCAGUAUAACCAGAAACUCUUCGGGGGAGACAUGGAGAAGUUUAUCCAGAGCUCAGGCCAGCCCGUGCCCCUGGUGGUGGAGAGCUGUAUCCGCUUCAUCAACCUCAACGGCCUGCAGCACGAGGGCAUCUUCCGAGUGUCGGGUGCCCAGCCCCGGGUCUCAGAAAUCCGAGAAGCUUUCGAGAGAGGGGAGGACCCACUGGUGGAAGGCUGCACAUCCCAUGACCUGGACUCAGUGGCAGGGGUGCUGAAGCUCUACUUCCGGAGCCUGGAGCCCCCGCUCUUCCCCCCGGACCUGUUCGGGGAGCUGCUGGCUUCUGCGGAGCUGGAGGCCAUUGAAGAGCGUGUGGAGCUUGUGGGCCCCCUCCUGGCCCGGCUGCCGGAACCAGUGCUGGUGGUCCUGCGUUACCUCUUCACGUUCCUCAACCACCUGGCCCAGUACAGUGAUGAGAACAUGAUGGACCCCUACAACCUGGCCGUGUGCUUCGGGCCAACACUGCUGCCUGUGCCCGCUGGGCAGGACCCGGUGGCCUUGCAGGGCCGGGUGAACCAGUUGGUGCAGACGCUCAUCAUGCAGCCCGCACGGGUUUUCCCGCCCCUGACGCUGCUGCCCGGCCCCGUCUAUGAGAAGUGCAUGGCACCGCCUUCCGCCAGCUGUCUAGGGGACGCCCAGCUGGAAGGCCUGGUAGGGGAGAAUGAGCCGGAACUGGAAGCUGGGACCCUGGCCCAGGAGGAUGGUGAAGGGGGUAGGAAGGAGGACCCCACUCUGUCCCCACCCUGGGUGCCCACUCCGCCCCCCAACUCAGACCUGCUCUUCUCCCCAGUCCUGGAGGGGGUCCUGGAGGCCGUGGCCUGCUUUUCCUACACGGGCCGCACGGCCCAGGAGCUGACCUUCCAGCGUGGGGAUGUGCUGCGGCUGCACGAGCGGGCCUCAGGCGACUGGUGGCGGGGCGAGUGCGCUGGCACUCGGGGACUCAUCCCCCACAAGUACAUCACACUGCCCGGGGGGGCAGAGAAGCCCUCACUGGGCCAGGGACCACAGGCUGCAGGAGACCCGCUGAGCAGUACGGAGGGCCUCCUGACUAUGGAGUUCGUCCAUCGGCCAGAGCCAUGCACCCCACCCGGGGGCCCUUCUGGGCACAGACGGCACUGCUUGGUCCCAACCUCCCCAGAACGACACGUGGAGGUGGAUAAGGCUGUGGCACAGACUAUGGAUUCGGUCUUUAAGGAGCUCUUGGGAAAGACCGCUGUCCGCCAGGGCCUCGGGCCAGCGUCCCCCGGCUCCCCCAGCCCUGGGUCCCGCAGCCCAAAGCCUCCAGGUUGCAGUCGCCUCGGCAAGAACAAAGGCUUCUCCCGAGGCCCUGGGGCCCCGGCCUCACCCUCAGCAUCGCACCCCCAAAGCCUGGACUCUCCCUUCAAGUCACACUGAGGUGCUGCUGGCUUCUCUGCAGGCCCCACCUCACCCCCGGCAGCCACCCUCCCCAGGCCCUUUGCUUCUCCCUGGCCCUGUCCAGCAAGCACUGAGCGUCUGCUCUUGACCCUUUGCAGAGAGGAGGACAUAGCUGCCCAAACGUGCCCCUGCCUGCCCCCAGCCCUGGCUUAGGCCACUUUGGGAGGCAGCUGAGGAAGGAGGCUGGGGGCAGGCCCCUCCCCGGCUUUGCUGUAAGGGCGCGUCAGUGGCUGUUGGGUGACGGGUACCCUUGCUCAGAUGAGCAGGCCGACCAGUCACCAGGCCCAUCGCUGCCUCAGCUGAGGGUGGGGGGCUGGCGGAGGUUGGCAGGGAUUGGCAGCCAUUCAUAAAGACUUGUGCAUUGAC